GUCAUCAUCACGCGACCAGCCGCAGCGGUUGUUCAUCCAGAUUUGAGAGCAUAUUUUUCAUUCUACAAUAAGGCUGUAAAUUAGUUCGUCAUGGCAACAGAGGGUGUUGAAAAGGCGAGUGAGGAAUCCCCUGUACCUGGGAAGUCGAGCACCAGGUUUGACUUGGAGAAGGAGACUGAACUGAGGUUUGAGGUGGAAGCAGGAGAGGCAGCAGAGCAAGUUGAGCUGGAGCUCCUCACUGGAAUGGCUGAGGUUUUUGGCUCAGAGCUGAACCGCAACAAGAAGUACACAUUUGGACCAGGUUCCAAGAUCGCAGUUUUCACCUGGCAAGGCUGCAGUGUAAAUCUUUAUGGAAAGCCAGAGGUGGCUUACGUGUCCAAGGAUACUCCCAUGCUGCUCUACCUGAACACACAUGCUGCCCUGGAACAGAUGAGAAAACAAGCAGAGCGGGACAAUGAAAGGGGGCCAAGGGUGAUGGUGGUUGGACCUACAGAUGUGGGGAAGUCAACGGUGUGCCGGCUGCUUUUAAGCUAUGCUGUCAGGGUGGGGCGGAGGCCAACACUGGUGGAACUGGAUGUUGGACAGAGUGGGGUGUCUGUACCUGGGACAGUAUCUGCACUGUGCAUUGAGCGGCCGGCAGAUGUGGAGGAGGGUUUCUCAGUGCAGGCUCCUUUGGUCUACCACUUUGGCUCUACUACCCCGGGGACCAACAUCAAGCUUUACAACAAGCUGACGACAUGCCUGGCCGAGGUGUUUUCCCAGCGCUGUGAGGUGAACAGGAAGGCCAGCGUGGGAGGUUGUAUCAUCAACACCUGCGGCUGGGUGAAAGGCUCUGGAUACCAGGCUCUGGUCCACUGUGCCUCUGCCUUCGAGGUGGACGUGGUGCUGGUGCUGGACCACGAGAGGCUCUACAAUGAACUCAAACGAGACCUCCCUCACUUUGUACGGGUUGUGCUGCUACCCAAGUCCGGGGGGGUGGUGGAGCGCUCUAAGGAGUGCAGGCGGGAUGCUCGGGAUGAGAAGAUCCGUGAGUAUUUCUACGGCUUCCGUGGAGUGACCUUCUACCCCUUUUCAUACGAAGUACGUUUCUCAGACGUCCGCAUCUAUAAGAUCGGAGCACCAUCCAUCCCCGACUCAUGCUUGCCACUAGGAAUGUCUCAGGAUGACACGCAGCUAAAGCUGGUGCCGGUGACACCAGGGAGAGACCUCACGUAUCAUGUGCUGAGCGUGAGCAGUGCCGAGGACGGAGAGGAAGGUGCUAGAAAGGGAAUAGUUGAAAGUCCAGUGUGUGGCUUUAUUGUGGUGACAAAUGUGGACACGCAAGCACAGGUGAUGAAGGUGCUGUCACCAGCUCCCAGACCACUGCCCAGACACACUCUGCUUAUCAUGGACAUCCGCUUCAUGGACAUGAAAUGAGGAAACACUUAAGGCAAGAGGACUGUUUGGGGUUCAUUUUUUGGAGGGGGUAUUUGCUGAGAGGAUUUCUUUUUUUCUCUUUGUGCUUUGUAAAGGCCUAGACGCACCAAACCGACAUCAAAGAACUAGCAGCGAUGAAAGCAGACUUGACUCAUGUUGCCUGUGUCUCAAGUUCGCAUGAACACACCACAAAGACUUAGAAACCAAGGGCAACAAGCACACAUGUUCACACCUGCAGGAGAAAAAAAUACUUUACAUACCAGCAGACGGCGGUAAUUUGUAUUCGUCAUUCAAUAUGGGGAACCGAAAGACCUUCAUGACACAGUUGGCCUGUGAGCACAUUAACAACACAAUCCAAAGUUGAAAGAAUGAAGCAAAAUUAUCAUGCGCCAAUAAAAUACAUCGUAAACCAUCAGCUAACGUUUCAGCAGAAGAGCACAAUGGCUAAAGAAAAACAGUCUAAACUUAUAUAACAAGUUUGUUUGACCUCACUCCUUCUUGACUUUAUCUGUUUGUUUACUUUUCUCACUUCUGUUUGUCUUCUCGUGGGCUGAGCUGAACCGACCAUCAGAGUGAUUUCACUCACUGACAAGCUCUGCGGAACUGGCUGGAAAAAAAGCAGACGAGACAGACGAUCGUCGCCAGCCCAACGUUGACUGACGACUGACAGUUGGUUUGGUGUGUCAGGGCCUUUAAUCAUUACAGAGGGCAAAAGGGGAACAGUGUUUGUAGCUGCUGUAAAUUGUACCCCAUUUUAUAGACCACACUGUACAGAUAUUUGCCAAGUAGUGGGCAAGGGAUGUUUUAUCAGGGCAAGAAUUAUUUUUCUUAAUCUUUUUUAUAAAAAAUGUUUUUGUUCUUGAAUAAUAAA